UGUGGUCUCCUGCCAGCCAGUCCAAAGGCCAGAUGCGACGGCGGCUCUAGUCGCACGCGUGCGAGAGAGACGAUCACGAAACGGCGUGCGGAACUCACACAUACACAUACACAUACAUACACACACAUAUAUAUAUCUCUAUAUACACAUAUACACAUGAAUAUAUAUGUAGAUAUAUAGAAGAAGAAAAAUUGGCACGUGAUCGAACACUAGGAUCAACCCCUAAUUUUGAUUAUUUUAAUCACGUGAAUCCGUGCACAAUAAUUUUGUUCGAAAUAAUCGAAAAGGAAAAUUCGACCUGUUGAUAUACUUUAAAUAGAAACUCAAGUACCUAGAGAAAGGAAUAGGACACUCGUUCGUCCUGCUCUCAGCUCUUAUUCGAGGGAGAGAAAGGACGUUGUGUGUUGUGUAGAUCUGAGAUAUCUACUCGCUCUAAUACGAGGUCAAAGUUCCUUGAUUCUUGAGAAGGUUUCUAGGAUUAGGACUCAAUUGGUUUGCUAAAAAAAGAAAAAAAAAGAAAAAGAGAGAGGAUAUUACGUCACAGAGCGCACACGUGAAUUUUUUCGGGGGUGAUCGAGUGGGGUUUCUUGUGGAAUCCGUGAGUAAUUGUAAAAAGAAAAUAAAAAAGAUUAUUAAAAAAAGUUGAAGAGUGCAACUUGGAAGAGAGCAGCUUCUGAAUAUAACUAUUAUUAAAUCGAUCAAAAACUCAACGAAUGAUGAAGAUGGAAGAGUCAUCGACCUUUACUAAUAACGAACAGGAGAAUGCUCUGUCCAGUUGCUUUCACGAGGAAUCGACACCGCACCGCAUGCCAGGGAUUCAAAUCAACGUCGAAGAUGCAUCUAAUGAUGGCUACAAAGAUGUUGUUAAACAUAUCGAAACAACAGCGGCGGCGACGGAUAGUCCGCUUUCCUGGCACAUCCCAAGGCCGUCCUUAGGAUGUCCCAAGACUGGACGAAGUGAAAAAGAUAGCGAAAAUGGAAGCUGGGCGCAUCACCACCACCACCAUCAUCUUCAUCAUCAUUUGCAUCCUGAUUCUCCUUCAAGAGGAUCUACUUCAUCUCAGGGAUCAACAGCCAGUACACACAGCGCAGCAUCGGGAACGUUGCUGCUAACAGCCGCCAAUUUGGCUAAUCUCGCAGCGAUGCAUCCACCAACGGUAACAACACCCAAACAAAUGGAUACUGCAUCGGUAGCAAGCAGUACGCAUUUUACGGUUGUAAAUGGCCUCGGCAGACCUACCACCGUUUACAGGAAGUCCUGGUGUGCGAGGAAUCAGCUCACCGUACUUGUAUGCACAAUGAGUUUCCUAUUCAUGGUCGGCCUCUUAGCAGGAAUCCUCUUCAUGGAAAUGAGGGCUCGCGACAAAUACAAUUAGGCCGAGAUCAAGAAAUCGAACGAAGAGAAGAGAAAAGCGAACGUGUCUUUGGGGUCCUCGCGAUAGCACAUAUACAACAUACGUCGUGGCAAGAUCGAACUUUCGUAGAAGAGAUGUGGAAAAAGAAAGAAGAAAAAGAAGAAUAUUAGAGGAACAACAUGUGGAAGGAACAUGUUCUCGAUAAUAAUCGUCGACUACAAUCUGCUACACGAGUCACGAAGAGUCCCUGUUUAAUUUCGUAUUUAUAUAAGCGCAAGUCUUGUUAAACGCGUUCUUAAUGAUUUGAGACCAUUCGCUGGAGAGAUAGAAUUUUAAGGCUGUAUUGCACCUUGUCAAAAAGUGUGGUACGUGAAUCCCAGUAAUUACAUUUGUGUAAUAAUAACCGACCGUUUCAAGCGAGCGAGUACGGCUUAUAGCAAUAACGAAAAAACCCUCGCCUUGUGAAUAAUUGUAUUAUAUUUAUGCUAUUGACUAACGAACCCCCUAGAUCGUCGUCCAAAUCUCGAAUCUCAAUCUCGAGAUACAAUCCAAAAGUAUGUGUAAGCCAAACAAAAAGAAAAAUAUGAAAAUUCUUAUGAUCUAAGAUCGUACGAUUUUUGAAAUUUUUUUCUUUUUUUAAUUUUGACUUCUAAUCGUUGAUUAAAACGGUUCUCGAACGAUUUAACGUACGCUGUGUAAAUCGCAUCGAUGUCCUCGUUCAAAAUCCACGAUAAAGAUUCUCUUUUAAGUUAAUAGAAAUUUGAAUUUGGUAUUAUAUCGACUAAACAUGACAACGACGAUAGAGAAUAUUAACAUUUAGGAGCUCGUAAUUUAAUUCAUACUAACACGAAACGCCUUAAAUCAAACCUGGACAAUUCUGUCGUGCGAUGUCGUUCCAGGAUAUCAAUAUGUUGGAAAAGCAAUGAAGAGCGGUCGCGUCGAUCGCCCUUCACGACUGUGAUAUUACUUGCGUAUUAAAUAAUCAUCAAUUCAACAAGAAACUGUUAGAACCUAAA